AUGGGUUGCGACCGGGGCGAACGUGUCAUGGAAGUCGAUGCCGGGACGCUGAGAAAAUCCUUUUGCGACCACACGAGCUUUCCUUCGCUCCAAUUCUCCGUUGGCCUUAUAAGGGAGCGUAAACCUACGAGAUCAGGAAGGCCGAUAGUCCAUCGCAGGCCAAUUCAACCGGCAGUAGUAGUACCCACUCCUGCCGACAACUUGCAGCCAGGACGGAGUAUUGGAGCAUUAUCGACCACAUCACCGGAACCAGUACUCGCAGCAGCACCUCGUCGUAGAAAGGCGACCAUCCGGGCCAUUUCAACGGUCCAGAUCCCGUCUCUCCAAUUACCUCUACGACGGCAACAGAUUCCGGCGCCAGCAGAGAGGGCAUCGCUAGCACCAGCGACCAGAACAUCUCCGGCGUUAGCGGAGAGAGCAUCGCCAGCCAGAACAUCUCCGUCACCAGUACCGGCCCCAACAUUGGUAUCUCCGGUAGCCGGGACAUCCGGGUAUUCCUCCGCAACCUUCGAGGACGAACCACCACCAAGGAUCUGUGAGGACAUUUUACCGUGGGCACUACGGGAGAUACAGCUGUCUCCACCACGGCGAACACGUCCACCCAGGAACACCCUGGACCCGUGGGACAUCCGAGUUCGCCGCCUCACCAGCCCUCGAUUAAGGAGAAGCUCGGCAACACCAUCACCGAGAAAUCGGCCAACAUCCGCCGAUAAAGAGAACGUCGCGACCCAGACCAAUAUCUCGUGGGUCGAUGUAUCCAGCGACGAAUCUCCUUCGCCGCCACGAGAUAAGUGGGGCCCUAUUCUCGUCACCCUGACGAAGCCCCACCUAUCCGCCGCCACCGGCGCUGCCUCCUAUAAAAGGAGACAUCACGACGACGAGCAGCAGCAGUCAGCAGCAGCUAACGCUCCUGACGACUCCAGCUCAGCUCUCGUCGAAGAUACGGCGCAGCUCGCCGUUACAACACUUUUUAUCAAGACGUGA